AUGAGGCGGUUUAAGAGAGGUAAGAGAGGGAGAACAGAGAUGACUGGCAGCGAUGAAGUCAACCCCAGUGAAUCCAAGAGUGUUGUUCCACUCAAUACUUGGGUGCUUAUCUCCAAUUUCAAGCUUGCUUACAAUCUACUAAGACGUGCCGAUGGAACGUUCAAUCGAGAGUUGGCAGAAUUCCUGGACCGCAAGGUCCCGGCUAAUGCAAUUCCUGUUGAUGGGGUAUUUUCUUUUGAUCAUGUUGAUCGAAACACCGGCCUCUUCAAUAGGGUGUAUCAAUUAGCCCCUGAAAACGAGGCUAGGUGCAACAUAAUAGAGCUGGAGAAGCCCUUGAGCACCACAGAGAUUGUUCCUGUUAUAAUUUUCUUCCACGGUGGAAGCUUCUGUCAUUCAUCUGCUAACAGUGCUAUCUAUGACAUCUUCUGCCGUCGCCUCGUGAGCCUUUGUAAGGCUGUGGUGGUUUCUGUAAACUACAGACAAUCGCCAGAGCACCGUUAUCCAUGUGCCUAUGAUGAUGGCUGGGCAGCACUCAAGUGGGUUAAAUCUAGGAAGUGGCUUCAGAGUGGAAAGGAUUCCAAGGUUCAUGUGUACUUGGCUGGGGAUAGUUCUGGUGGUAAUAUUGCUCAUCAUGUGGCUGUGAGGGCUGCUGAAGAAGACAUUGAAGUGCUAGGUAAUAUUCUUCUUCACCCACUGUUUGGUGGGGAGAGGCGAACCGAGUCAGAAAAGAAACUGGAUGGGAAGUACUUUGUGAGGCUGCAAGAUCGUGAUUGGUAUUGGAGAGCUUUUCUUCCUAAAGGGGCAGAUAGAGAUCAUCCAGCUUGUAACCCAUUUGGCCCCAACGGUAAAAAUCUUGCAGGACUCAAGUUGCCAAAAAGUCUUGUUUGUGUGGCUGGUUUGGAUCUUCUCCAAGAUUGGCAAUUGGAAUAUGUGGAAGGUCUCAAGAACUGUGGUCAAGAUGUCAAACUUCUUUACCUUAAGGAGGCAACUAUUGGUUUCUACUUCUUGCCUAAUAAUGAUCAUUUCUAUAGCCUCAUGGAGGAGAUAAAGAACUUCGUCAAUUCUAACUGUUAA